GCAGGAUGAACGCUGCUUUCCAAGAUGGCGACGGAGGGAGGAGGGAAGGAGAUGAACGAGAUUAAGACCCAAUUCACCACCCGGGAAGGUCUGUACAAGCUGCUGCCGCACUCGGAGUACAGCCGGCCCAACCGGGUGCCCUUCAACUCGCAGGGAUCCAACCCUGUCCGCGUCUCCUUCGUAAACCUCAACGACCAGUCUGGCAACGGCGACCGCCUCUGCUUCAAUGUGGGCCGGGAGCUCUACUUCUAUAUCUACAAGGGGGUCCGCAAGGCUGCUGACUUGAGUAAACCAAUAGAUAAAAGAAUAUACAAAGGAACACAGCCUACCUGUCAUGACUUCAACCACCUAACAGCCACAGCAGAAAGUGUCUCUCUCCUAGUGGGCUUUUCCGCAGGCCAAGUCCAGCUCAUAGACCCCAUCAAAAAAGAAACUAGCAAGCUGUUUAAUGAGGAAAGACUAAUAGACAAGUCACGCGUAACCUGUGUCAAAUGGGUUCCUGGUUCGGAAAGCCUUUUCCUAGUAGCCCAUUCAAGUGGGAACAUGUACUUAUAUAAUGUGGAGCACACUUGUGGCACCACAGCCCCCCACUACCAGCUUCUGAAGCAGGGAGAGAGCUUUGCGGUGCACACUUGCAAGAGCAAAUCCACGAGGAACCCUCUCCUUAAGUGGACGGUGGGCGAGGGGGCCCUCAACGAGUUUGCUUUCUCCCCAGAUGGCAAGUUCUUAGCAUGUGUGAGCCAGGACGGGUUUCUGCGUGUGUUCAACUUUGACUCAGUGGAGCUGCACGGUACAAUGAAAAGCUACUUUGGGGGCUUGCUUUGUGUGUGCUGGAGCCCAGAUGGCAAGUACAUUGUGACAGGUGGAGAGGACGACUUGGUGACAGUCUGGUCCUUUCUAGACUGCCGAGUAAUAGCUAGAGGCCAUGGGCACAAGUCCUGGGUCAGUGUGGUAGCAUUUGAUCCCUAUACUACUAGCGUAGAAGAAAGUGACCCUAUGGAGUUUAGUGGCAGUGAUGAGGACUUCCAGGACCUUCUUCAUUUUGGCAGAGAUCGAGCAAACAGUACACAGUCUAGGCUGUCCAAACGGAACUCUACAGACAGCCGCCCCGUAAGUGUUACCUAUCGGUUUGGUUCAGUGGGUCAGGAUACACAACUGUGUUUAUGGGACCUUACAGAAGACAUCCUUUUCCCUCACCAACCCCUCUCAAGAGCAAGGACACAUACAAAUGUCAUGAACGCCACCAGUCCACCUGCUGGAAGCAAUGGGAACAGUGUCACUACACCUGGAAACUCUGUGCCCCCUCCAUUGCCACGGUCCAAUAGCCUUCCACAUUCAGCAGUCUCCAAUGCUGGUAGCAAAAGCAGCGUCAUGGACGGGGCCAUUGCCUCUGGGGUCAGCAAGUUUGCAACUCUGUCGCUGCACGACCGGAAGGAAAGACACCAUGAAAAAGACCAUAAACGAAAUCAUAGUAUGGGACACAUUUCCAGCAAGAGCAGUGACAAACUGAAUCUAGUUACUAAAGCCAAAACGGACCCAGCUAAAACUCUGGGAACAUCCCUGUGUCCUCGGAUGGAAGAUGUUCCUUUGUUAGAGCCGCUGAUCUGUAAAAAGAUAGCUCAUGAAAGACUGACUGUAUUGGUUUUUCUUGAAGACUGUAUAGUCACUGCUUGUCAGGAGGGAUUUAUUUGCACAUGGGCAAGGCCUGGUAAAGUGCCGGCAGAGCAGUUCUGCAGGCAGGAGGACAGAGUGCAAGGUGUUCUCCAAGACCAGAACUAAAGGGCUUGUUGUCAUCCCCAAACCAGGCCAGUUCUCCAGGUGGGACUGUAGUGUAGCAGCUGCACUGCUGCUCCCAGGCUCCCCCGGACACGUGUGGACUGAGGGAGUGACAGACGACAACGGAGCCAUGAGCUGCGCUGGAGCCACAUGCAGGCGCAGGUAGCGGCAGCCUGUAGGGCUGUGUGGAGCUGCCAACCCAAAGAGUUGCUUCCACCUUUAGAUCAGCCUGUUGGGGCUGCAGUAAAAAAUGAGAAAUGGAGUUUUCUUGCUUUUUACUCUAAAAUUCAAUGUAAUUAAAUCCCAUAUAUAAUAUAUAUAUACAUAUAUACAUAGUGUAAAGUAAAAUGUUUCUUGGACAAGAAACCUUAAAUUCAACUGUUAUGAAUAGCACUUGACUCUGGUUUUGCACUGAUCUAUUUUAUACUUUAGGUAGUCACUAGACAGCCUGGGAUGCACUCAUGAAGACAGUUGUCACCUUCUGACUUAAAUACAUAAUUCAGAAAGACAGAUGCUGCAAUCAUAGAUUUAAAAAAAAAAACUGUUUGCACUUAAAAUAGUUUAAUGCUAAUAGAAAAUGACCUUGAAUAUGGGGUAGUGGACUCCCAGCUUCCACGACAUGGAGUGAAGAUGCCCUUUUUAUCUGUUAACGUU